AUGUCGGGAUCUGGCAUCUCCACCCUCCAGUUGUGUACAGAAUUUGUGAAACUGCGAGGCACUAUGUCACUGUGGCAUUGUGAGCUUCUUCGAGUCUUCGUUCGGGUCACGGUCAUCCUCCGCGACAACCUCUCACGUCAGCUGGGCCGUGCGACGUCGGCGUUGUCCUGCCUCCUUCCGACCUCUUACCGGAGAAUACCGAGGCGAGAUGGCUGGUCUUCUCGAGGCCCUCGUGAUGAGUCGCUGUCAGUCUUCGAGUCUUCGCUGCUCCACGGACUUCAUUGUGCCAUGCCAUGCGCCGCUGCGGUGCAGCACAGCCCAAUCUUCAUCCUCUUGUCCUUCGUCCUUGGCUGCGCGCCCCAGGCCCCCAGGCCUCUUUCGAAACCCCCCUGUUUGGGCAUCGGUCAUACGCCCCAGGGCCCGCUCCUCCGCUCUGCUUCCAGAAGGCCCGCUCCUCCGCUCUCUGCUCCUCGCCUGCGAGGCUUGUUGCAGGGAGACUAA